UAAAUAAAAUAGAAUAAUUAGUGGUUGAACAAACCCUAACCAAAAAGGAAUUAGCCAUAUUUUCUAGGCUUAUAAGUCGGUUAACACCUCCUAUAUAAACACCUUUUCCAAUCCACUUCUUUUCAUUGUUCUGUUUGUGUUUAUUAUUAUAAUUUUGUUUUACAAAGAAAAAAGCUCUCUAUUCUCUCCUUCCAAUUCCCAAAAAUACUUUCAAGAUGCAAAUCUUUGUAAAGACCCUCACUGGCAAGACCAUUACCCUUGAAGUUGAGAGUUCGGACACUAUCGAUAAUGUCAAGGCUAAGAUUCAGGACAAGGAAGGUAUCCCUCCUGACCAGCAGAGGUUGAUCUUUGCUGGAAAGCAGCUUGAGGAUGGUCGAACUCUUGCUGACUACAACAUCCAGAAGGAGUCCACCCUCCAUCUUGUCCUCCGUCUACGUGGUGGCAUGCAGAUCUUUGUCAAGACAUUGACAGGGAAAACCAUCACCUUGGAGGUCGAGAGUUCUGAUACAAUUGAUAAUGUGAAGGCGAAGAUCCAAGAUAAAGAGGGGAUUCCACCAGAUCAGCAGCGAUUGAUCUUUGCUGGUAAGCAACUCGAGGAUGGGAGGACCCUUGCUGAUUACAAUAUCCAGAAGGAGUCCACGCUACAUUUGGUGCUGCGAUUGAGGGGAGGUAUGCAGAUAUUCGUCAAGACUCUAACUGGGAAGACGAUCACUUUGGAGGUGGAGAGCUCGGAUACAAUUGAUAACGUGAAAGCAAAGAUUCAGGAUAAGGAAGGUAUUCCACCAGACCAGCAGAGGCUGAUUUUUGCUGGCAAGCAGCUGGAGGAUGGUCGUACGCUUGCUGAUUAUAACAUCCAGAAAGAAUCUACCCUUCACCUUGUGCUUCGCCUCCGCGGUGGCUGUUGACAAGUUCAUUCCAUGCUCGCUUUGAUCUGUUGCUUUUACGUUGGCAUCUUUUCGUUGAACAAUCUUUUAGACUUAUAUGUUUGUUAUAAUUCUGGUAGACUCUUUUAAGACUUGUGUGAUAUGUGCCUUAUAAUGGCAUUGGUUAUGUUUCCUUGGUUUUGCAAUGAACACCUCUUGAAUGGUUA